CAAUAGACACAUAUAAAAAAUGUUUUAAUUUCGCUUUAAACCGUAAUAAAGGUGCAAAUCUUGAUAAAUUGAAAGCUAUGAAUAAUAAUGAAGAAAUUAUGCAACAAGACUGGGAAAUUUGGUUAAAAGAAAAGAAAGCG